AUGUCCACACAGAGGUGGCCUGAGUGGGGCUGGGCACUUUUACAGCUGUUGUUGGUGGUGUCUUUCUCUCAGGGAGAGGAGCUGGUGUGCCAACAAAGAGGGGAUCAGGAGAACCCAGAACUAUCUAAGGAUGGAGACAUUAUUCUGGGGGGAAUCUUCAAUUUUCACAGCUGGAAAGUCAGACAGGAUACCUACACACACAAACCCCUACCAAUGGAAUGCACCAGUUUGAAUUUCAGACAGUUCCAGUGUGCCCAGGCCAUGAUUUUUGCCCUUGAGGAGAUUAAUAACAGCACAGACCUACUACCUGGCAUCUCUCUGGGCUAUAAGAUGUAUGAUUCCUGUGGCUCUGCUGCCAGAAGUGUGAAGGUUGCACUGGCCUUGGCUAAUGGUAAUGAAGUUGUGUCUUCACCCAUCAAGGCACCAUGUACCAGACCUGGACAAGUGCAGGCCAUUAUGGGAGGGUCAUCUUCCUCUACUAGCAUGGCUAUAGCUGAUGUCGUUGGACCCUUUCAUUUUCCACUGAUCAGUGCCUUUGCCACCUGUGCUUGUCUCAGUGACAAAACCAAAUACCCAUCCUUCCUCAGAACAGUGCCCAGUGACUAUUAUCAGAGCAGAGCCCUGGCCCAGUUGGUCAAGCACUUUGGUUGGACUUGGGUUGGAGCAAUUAGAACCAAUGAUGAUUAUGGCAAUAAUGGCAUGGCUACAUUCACAGAAACUGCACAGCAGUUGGGCAUCUGUCUGGAGUAUUCUGUGUCUUUCUUUAGGACAGAUUCAUCAAAUAAAAUAAAAAAUGUAAUUGACAUUAUCAAGGCUUCCACCUCCAAGGUGAUUGUAGCUUUUGUUUUAGCCAUAGAUAUGGUUGUGCUAUUACAAGCGUUGUCUCAGCACAACUUGACUGGAUACCAGUGGGUAGGAAGUGAGGGAUGGAUCAUUGAUACCCGAACUGCAGAAAUGGAUACACAUCAUAUUCUGGAUGGUGCCAUAGGCCUGUUCAUCCCUAAAGCACAUGUUAGCAGCAUGAGAGAGUUCAUAUUAGAUGUGAAGACAUUCAAUUCCUCUAGUAACAAAUUGUUUACAGAGUUCUGGGAGACUUUAUUUAACUGUAAGUUCAAACAGUCAAACUCAUCAUCAGCAGAGAAUCAGAGAGAAUGUACUGGACAUGAAGAUCUGACUGGAGUGCAAAACAGCUUCCCUGAUAUGUCACUCAUGCCUACAUAUAACAAUAUUUAUAAAGGAGUGUAUGCUGUGGCACAUGCACUUCAUAUUAUUUUUGGUUGUAAUAAAACAUGUAACUACAAGGUGCAGAUGGAUCCACUCACGAUUUUACAGCACAUAAGAAAGAUUCAUUUCAAAACCAAGGAAGGAGAUGAGGUUUUCUUUAAUGAGAAAGGAGACCUACCAGCAAAGUAUGAAAUUAUAAACUGGCAGCCAACAGAAAAAGGCAUUGUGGACUUUGUCACAGUUGGUCUUUACGAUGCAUCUUUACCUGCAGACAAACAACUGAGUCUGCAACGUCAGUAUUUUAUUUGGACACAGAACUCAAAAGAGGUGCCUGUGUCAGUUUGCAGUGAGAAUUGUCCCCCAGGAACUCGGAAGGUUCUCCAGAAAGGAAAACCUGUCUGCUGCUAUGAUUGUAUCAGAUGUGCAGAGGGAGAAAUAAGUAACAUGACAGAUUCCAUCACCUGUGAGCGAUGCCACCUUGAGUCCUGGUCCAAUGAGAGAAAAGAUUCCUGUGUAAAGGAGGCAGAGUUUCUAUCAUAUGAAGAAAUUAUGGGAACACUGCUCACUGCAGCGGCCUUAUUUGGAACAUGCAUGACUGCUGUUGUGGCAGCCAUUUUCUUCACACACAGGACAACUCCUAUUGUCAGGGCCAACAACUCUGAGCUGAGCUUCCUGCUGCUCUUCUCCUUGAAUGUAGUGAUUGAGUAUUUGAUUGAAAGCUAUCAAGAUGCGAGUGAUGAUGAUGAUGAUGAUGAUGAUGAUGAUGAUGAGGAAGGGAAGGAGAACUGA